GCAUUGAGCUUGGCCGCACUUUUCUCAUCACCAUGGACGAGGUGCACGUGACGUUCAAGUUCAUGCACGAGGAGACGAUGGGGCUCACGACGCCGUUGGUGACGACGGUCCUCGCGCUCAAGGAGGAGAUCGCUGCGUCUACGCAGCGCCCCGUCGCGGCCCAGCGCCUCAUCUACAAGGGAAAGCUCCUGCACGACGAGAUGAGCCUCGCCGCGUACCACUUUGUCGACGGCGACACGAUCCACGUCGUGACGGCGCCGCCGCCGGCCGCUGCACCGAGCCCUCACGCCUCCAGCCCGCCUAGCCCGACGCCGUCGCCGUCGGACGGGGACGAAGAAGCCAGCGAAAACGUCGGUCGCGAGCGCCCACCGUACGUAUCGAUGCACUUUAUCCAGCUACCGCUCUCGCCGCAGCCCGCGCCCGCGCCCUCGCCUCCGGACGACGCCGCCCUCUUGCACCAAGCGCAGCAGUGGCGCGAAGAGACGGCGCGCUUGCCGCGCCCGGCAUUGCACCCGACGCCCUCGUCCCACGCUGCAUUCGUCGAGAGCGCGAUCGAGCUCGGCGAAACGCUUUCGCACGUCUCGGCGCAGCUGCAGCGCCUCGCAUGGGUCGUCAACCAAACGCCCGACGACGUCGAAUCGGCGCGGCAAAUGGCCUACUUGGCGUCGCUCCUUGAGGCCAUGGGCCCGUACGCGCGGCGCUUGCACACGAGUUUGGCGCAACCGCCGGCGCCGGCCAACAGCGACCAGCCGUCGACGUCGCGCCUCAUGGGCAACCUCCUGCGCGUGCUCGGCGGUCUCGACACCACGCGCGAUAAUCCGAACGACGCGUUCUCGCAGUUGCUUCUGAUGCUGCAAGGCGUUCCGUGGUCGCUCACGGCCGAGCACCCGGCACAGGACGUGGCCAACGUCAUUUGGCAACUGUCGCUGCCCGACGUGACGACAGCCGAGAUGCCGUCGCUGUGGCGGCCGACAUCGGUGCAAGCCGCGCUCCAGCGCACGCUCGACGAGGUCCUCGGCCUUGGGCGCGUCAACGCCACGACCAAUGCCAACGAAGUCGACCGGCGCCUCGAUCUAUGGGCACGCGCGACCGCCGCCGAGUACGAAGGCUGGCUCGACGCAGUGAUCGACGCGCCAGACGCGACGAGCCGACACUGGAACGGCGCCCACGUCCUCUUAUGGCGCCGGGUCGCGUCGACCGUCGUGCACGGCACGCCCAUGGACGACACCGCGUUUCGUGACCUCGCACUGCCCUUUCUCUCGACGCUUGUCUGGGUGCUCGCGACGUACGCGCCGCACUUGCGCGCGCCGGUGGUUGUUGGCCGCCUUAUUGACGGAGCGCUGGACCGCGCGGUCGCCAGUGGCGUGAUCGCAGCGCCGAUGCUGCCGUUCCUGCAGCAACGAGCUCGGACGUACACGAACGCACUCCUCCACCUCGUCGUGGCCCACACAGCCACCGUGGUGCUGGGCGACGGCCCGCCCGCCGCCUAGAACUGCAGUGUCUCGCAAUGGCAUGUAUUGUAUGGUUCA